GGCGGCGGGAAGGAGGAGCCGCCGCUGCCGGGACAGACUCUCCGCUUCGGCGGCUCCAUUUCCUGGACCUCCUUCCACCAGCUCACCCGCAAAAUGUACCGCAACCUGGGAGAACUGCUGACCCGGGGAGCGGGUGGUCUCCUGGCCUCCGCCGCCGACUCGGCGCUGCCGGCGUCCGCCUCGCUGCUGCGGCGCCGCGGCUACAGCCAGGCCGCGGACCGGGGCGACGACCCCAACUUUUUCACCAUGGUGGAGGGCUUCUUCGACCGCGGAGCCGCGAUCGUGGAGGACAAGCUGGUGGAGGACCUGAGGACCCGGGAAACCCCGGAGCAGAAGCGGAAGAGAGUCAGCGGGAUCCUGCGGAUCAUCAAGCCGUGUAACCACGUCCUGAGCGUCUGCUUCCCGAUCCGGAGGGACAGCGGCGAGUGGGAGGUGAUCGAGGGCUACCGGGCUCAGCACAGCCAGCACCGGACGCCCUGCAAGGGAGGGAUCCGGUACAGCACCGAGGUGUCGGUGGACGAGGUCAAGGCUCUCGCCUCCCUGAUGACCUACAAGUGCGCCAUCGUGGAUGUUCCGUUUGGUGGAGCCAAAGCUGGAGUGAAGAUCAACACCAAGAACUACACGGACACUGAGCUGGAGAAAAUCACCAGGCGGUUCACCAUCGAGCUCGCCAAGAAGGGAUUCAUCGGGCCCGGAAUCGACGUUCCGGCUCCGGACAUGAGCACCGGGGAGCGGGAGAUGUCGUGGAUCGCCGAUACCUUCGCCACGACCACGGGACACAACGACAUCAACGCCCACGCCUGCGUGACGGGGAAGCCCAUCAGCCAGGGCGGGAUCCACGGCCGGAUCUCGGCGACGGGCCGCGGUGUUUUCCACGGCAUCGAGAACUUCAUCAACGACGCGUCCUUCAUGAACCGGGUCGGGCUGGCGCCGGGCGUCCGGGACAAGACCUUCGUCAUCCAGGGCUUCGGUAACGUGGGGCUCCACAGCAUGCGCUACCUGCACCGCUUCGGCGCCAGGUGUGUGGGCGUGGCCGAGAUGGACGGCAGCAUCUGGAACCCGCGCGGCAUCGACCCCAAGCAGCUGGAGGACUACAAGCUGGCCAACGGGACCAUCGUGGGGUUCCCGGACUCCACGCCGUACGAAGGCAGCCUGCUGGAGGCCGACUGCGACAUCCUGAUCCCCGCCGCCAGCGAGAAGCAGCUGACGCGGCGCAACGCGCACCGCGUCAAGGCCAAGAUCAUUGCAGAAGGAGCCAACGGGCCGACCACGCCUGAGGCGGAUCGGAUCUUCCUGGAGAGGGACAUUCUGGUGAUCCCGGACAUGUACCUGAACGCGGGGGGCGUCACCGUCUCGUACUUUGAGUGGCUGAAGAACCUGAACCACGUGAGCUACGGCCGGCUCACCUUCAAGUACGAGAGGGAUUCGAACUACCACCUGCUGAUGUCCGUCCAGGAGAGUCUGGAGAGGAAAUUUGGGAAACUGAACGGCUCCAUUCCAGUCGUUCCCACAUCGGAGUUCCAGGCCCGGAUCUCCGGAGCGUCUGAGAAGGACAUCGUCCACUCGGGCCUGGCCUACACCAUGGAGCGCUCUGCCAGGCAAAUCAUGCAGACGGCCAGCCGGUACCAGCUGGGUCUGGACCUGCGGACGGCGGCGUACGUCAACGCCAUCGAGAAGAUCUUCAAGGUGUACCGUGAUUCUGGGCUCAUCUUCACAUAAGGUUCUGGUUCCGGUUCCGGUUCCAGACGCUACCCGCCUCCCUUGGCGCUCCUGCUGCUUCAUCGCUCCUCUUCCUCACAGCCCACCGGACCGCAGAGCCACCUCUCACUGAGGCCUUCAGACGGAUCAGAACCAUGUGGACCGGGCCGGAUCAAGGAACGCCCUGACUCCAACUACAGGUUGUUCUGAUGGACAGAACCAGGAAGUUCCUUCCAAAAUAAAAGCCCCCUGGCAGAAUGAAA